ACACACACACACACACACACACACACACACACACACACACACACACAUCCACUCACCAUGGCUGCCGUUCAGACUCUCGUCCAGCCGGAUAUUCAAUAUCAUCCUGACUGGGAUAAAUACCAGGCUCGGACUGCUCGUCGCACCGCCACCGAGACUCUCCCUAAAACCGUUCCCCAUGGCUUUCCCACAGAACUAGUCUCCAACCUCGUCUGGGAAGGUUGUGAUGUCGAAGGCCGCGAUGACUGGGUGGUGCGUUUGACCGAAACCGAGUUGGAUGAAAUCGACGCCGCCUUGCAGAGCUUUAAAGCACGCAAUAUCCCCUGGGGAGCAAUCGACCAAUCCACCUUCCCACUGCCGACUUUGCAUGAUCGCCUCCGACAGCAAUCGAAGGAGUUGCACUUGGGCCGGGGUUUCUUCGUGCUGCGAGGACUCCGCAUCGACCAGUAUUCGCGCGAAGAUAACAUCAUCAUCUACGCCGGUGUCUCUGCCCAUGUCGGCAACGUGCGCGGACGCCAGGAGGACCAACGUUUUUCCAAUGGUACUUCUCUGGUUCUCUCGCAUAUCAAGGAUAUCUCCGGGAUUGCUGCCUCCGGCACCAUUGGCGCGCCAUCCAACACAGCCGACAAACAGGUCUUCCAUACAGAUGCCGGGGAUAUCGUCUCCUUGCUUUGUCUCCAUCCGGCUGCGUCCGGCGGCGAAAGCAAGAUUGCCAGCAGUUGGAAUGUCUACAAUAUCCUCGCGCGCGAGCGACCGGAUCUGAUUCACACCUUGUCGCAGGACUGGGUAGUUGAUGGUUUUAACAACCCCGCCGCUUCCUAUACCAAGCGACCCCUGCUAUACUUCCAGCCCGGCACCGAAUCAACCCCGGAGCGCGUCCUCAUUCAGUACGCCCGACGCUAUUUCACGGGUUUCCAAGCCCAGCCCCGUUCCGCAAGCAUCCCACCUAUUACCGAAGCGCAAGCCGAAGCCCUGGACGCAUUGCAUUUCUUGGCUGAGAAGCACAGUGCUGCGCUGGAUUUCCAAAAGGGAGAUGUUCAAUACAUCAACAACCUUAGCAUUUUUCACGCACGGAAUGGUUUCCAAGAUGAGCCUCGCAAGGAGCGUCAUUUGUUGAGACUGUGGCUGCGCGAUCCCGAAUACGCGUGGGAAACUCCCGAGCCGCUGCGCAAACGGUGGGAUAUCGUCUACAAGGAUGUCCGUGUCGAUGAACAGGUUUUUCCUCUCGAACCGAGAUUGCGGAAGACGGUUGGGGCUUGAGGAAUGCAGUAAUUAUACCAUAACCUGAAAUUAAAUAGAUUUAC